CUCCGUACGGGCGGCUACUUGCGGGACCUUUUCUCGUGCAACUUAGAUGCUUUCAUUUCCAGGUUCAAAACUAUUGCUUUUGCCACAAAACCCCGUUGGUAGUAUGGGAAGGAAAAUCGCACUGAGGACAUGGGAAGCCAAAACCUAAGUGCACACGUGCCAGAAGUCACUCGACUCGAGAACUUGUUCCGAGCUGUACGAUGUAGAUAUUCUGUCAGCACUCUGUCAUAGAGGCAGGUAAACGACGGUCUGCCUCUGAGUCAAGACCAAGGAAAAGAGGCAGUGUCAAGGCCAACACAGCACACCGUAGCUACCGGUAUUUCUUGAUGCUGCCGAUACUUUUUACUUCCGCCCGAAAUUUGACCUACAUCCAGAGCUCGAUACAGGACUCUUGAAACUUGUAUGGCUCCCAUCCAAUGCUUUCGAUUGACGUACGAGCAAACUGCCCAGUCUUGAUGGGAUGUUGCCAUUGCCACCUUUGUCUAGAGUUGCAAGGAGAGGAACGAUGCUAUACUUUCCGGUGCGAAGAAGUGAAGGCUGGCUGAAAAGAGGCAUUUCGACCUGCUCCCGUGUCCUACAAAACUUAGAGUGGAGAACGUCUUGUCCAAGAAGGACAUGCCAGCUUUUGAGUCGCCUCUUUGAUACUCCAACGUGUCGUUGACCUGACGUGGCCUUGAUUGACAUCUAUGCAAUGACUUUACCUCUCUUACAAGAUAGUAUUGCUAUUCGCCACUUGAGAUUUCCACGGCAUCUUCCUCCAGCAGCGAUGAAAACUUACUUGAUUGCAUUUUCAAAUAAGGAGUUGGCUGUCCAAGGAAGGAGCAAUAAAAUGUCGCCACAGACAGGAAAGGAUGAGGUCCUGCCUUGAGAAACGACAUGACUGCCAAAAUGGUUACCCAAUUGAGCUGAGAAUACUAUCAUAGAAGGAGGACUGCCAGCUAUCUUGUUACAUGUACAUGUACUAUCUACUGCCCUGGCCCAGCGGUGCUCGAUGCAACCCGUUGACUUGUUGGCUUCAUUGUAUAUCUUAACAUCAAAGUAGAAUCCUUUUUUGGAGUUCACCUACGCACCGCUUCUUUGUCGUGCGUGGCACAAAACUGACUAAAAGCAACGGAGAGAGGCUCUUCUAUCUUCAGUUCUUGGUAGCUUUUUGUUCUUUGGCAGCUUUCUGGAUGCAUGGACAGCUGUGGAAGGCGAUGAGUCGCUGUCUUUAGCUGUGACACCAAAAUUCUAUCCCCCUUAUUGGCUACGGAUAAGAUAAUGAGAUCCAAGAACCCCACGCCGAAGACAGCAUUUAUUUGUUCCUCGGCUCAUUUCCUUCUUCUGAGAAAAACAAGAGGCAGUCGUUUCUCACUCUUCUCGCUCACCGAUUAUCUAGUGCGUUGCUCCCACAAACCACAACUGCAGAGAUCUCUAUUGCAUUGUUGACCAUGAUACCCUGUCGAGCUACCCUUCAUCUAUCCGCGUUGGUCCAAGCGGCACCGUCUCCACAGCGAAUCCGACCGGCUGUGCGUUGCCUCCAUUCCUCUGGCAGCAAGCAGUACACAGCUCUUUCCAGCUCUUCAUCUUUAGACCGCAGUCACCACCUCGAAUCCCCCCAACAACGAGACUUUACCAGUCUUAACUGCCAAACUCCUUAUCAACUGGUUUUCUUGAGACAUGGACAGAGCACUUGGAAUCGUGAUAAUCGCUUUAUUGGCUGGACAGAUACACCCUUGACAGAUGAUGGUGUGUUGGAAGCACGAGUUGCCGGAGACAUGCUGGCCAAGAGUGGAAUCCUCUUUGAUGAAGUACACACGUCACUGCUACGACGAUCGAUUCGGACAACGAAUCUCGUACUCAUGGAAAUGGGACAAGAGUACAUUCCAGUACACAAGCAUUGGAGACUCAAUGAGCGCCAUUACGGUGACUUGGUGGGAAAGAACAAGAAGGAAGUUGUCAUGCAAUUUGGAAAGGAUCAAGUGAAGCGAUGGAGGCGAUCCUACGAUGAGCCUCCGCCGUGUAUGGAAGACGACCAUAUGUUUCAUCCAGCCAAAGAUCCUCGUUAUCAAAUGAUGAAACAUAAAUUGCCUCUGGCAGAGUCACUAAAGUGCACCAUGGAGCGAUCCCGUGGAUACUGGGAUGAAACAAUCGCUCCGGCACUUACUAGUGGAAAAACUAUUCUCGUUGUGGGACACGAGAACAACCUGAGGUCUCUCAUUAUGAGAUUGGAAGACAUUCCAAAAGAAGACAUUAUCGAUUUGUGUUUGCCUCGGGCUGUGCCAUUGGCAUACCGACUAGACGAGAACCUCAAACCUCUUGAUCGACCGGAUGGUAAGCUGGAUGAGGCCACCGGCUUUUUGAGGGGAGAAUGGCUAGGAGGCGAUAAGGCCGUUUCUGACAUUCUCGAACGAGACCGCAAACAGGUCUACGACACAAGCAUUAUGCAAAACUUGGAGGUGGGCACAGAGCGGGAGCGAUGGAAUAGCUGGAUGGAGUUUCUGAUUGGAAAACCAGGUCCCGAGGCGCGCUCCAAUGCCGCCCCUGAUUCCGACAUGCAACUAUCGCGCCCUACGCCGAAUGGAGGCGGCGCCGUCAUCCCCGGUGUGAAUCAUGACACAUUCCCUGCCAACAAACAAGAAUCAAUGAAUGGGGAAGUGCCUCGCAAUGGUCAACAAAUGCGACGAGCUGCAUAGACUGAGAAUGAACCUGCAGUACCGUGCGGUAGAACUUCCAAGUCAACGAACGCAUUCCAAAAGUCAACUGAAUAGUUUCAACGAAAGUACAAAACAGAGCAGAUGGCGAAGCACGCCGAUGCAUUAUGAAUAUAUCCAUCGUUUGUCGAAAGAACACUGUCAAGAGAAGAAUCAUGUCGCCAGGCAAGUAUAUUGUACAUUACACACAUAACCUUUUAAAGGCUUAGAAAUAGUCCUUGAAUGAACGUAG